AUACACCAUACUUUCUUAUAUGUCCACAUUAAAUGUGCUCUAAUUUACAACAAGACAACAUCAUUAAAAUUCAGAACCACCCUCUAGCCGGAAAAGAUGUCUCCUGCUGCCGGAGUGCAAGUGCCACUGCUGCCAAACCACAAGCUGAGAAGUCGUGCAUCUGUGUCCGGGGCUGUGUUUAAUGUUUCCACUAGUAUUAUUGGAGCUGGGAUUAUGUCCAUUCCCGCCACCCUUAAGGUCCUUGGUGUCAUACCAGCUUUUGUGAUGAUUGUGAUCAUUGCUUGCCUUGCUAAUAUCUCUGUUGAAAUUCUGAUGAGGUUUACGCAUGCCGGCGACUCAACGUCGUACGCCGGUGUGAUGAGGGAGUCUUUUGGACGUUUAGGAUCGGUUGCAGUACAAAUCUGUAUUAUGAUCACUAAUCUUGGGUGCUUGAUUAUUUAUUUGAUUAUUAUUGGUGAUGUUCUGUCUGGGAAUCAGCCUGGAGGGUUAGCUCAUUUGGGGGUGUUGCAAGAAUGGUUUGGGAUUCAUUGGUGGAAUUCUCGAGCUUUUUCUCUGCUUUUCAUUGUUGUUUUUGUCAUGCUUCCAUUGGUUUUGCUCAGGCGUGUAGAAUCUCUGAAGUUUAGUUCUGCAAUAUCUGUUCUAUUGGCGCUGGUGUUUGUUGGUAUAUGCUCAGUUAUGGCAAUUUCUGCACUUGUUGAAGGCAAAACCAAAACCCCAAGAUUGUUGCCUCAAUUGAACAAUCACACCUCAUUCUUUGAACUUUUCACAGCUGUUCCCGUCAUUGUGACUGCUUUCACAUUUCAUUUUAAUGUUCAUCCGAUUGGUUUCGAGCUCAACAAACCAUCUGAUAUGAUCUUAGCAGUAAGAAUUUCACUGGUAUUAUGUGCCGCCAUCUACUUUACAAUAGGACUAUUUGGGUACCUUUUGUUUGGAGACUCAAUCAUGGCUGAUAUUCUUGUAAAUUUUGAUAGAAGUUCUGGUUCAGCAGUUGGUUCACUGCUCAAUGACAUUGUUAGGCUGAGCUAUGCACUUCACCUUAUGCUUGUGUUUCCCCUAUUGAACUUCUCCUUGAGGGUUAACAUUGACGAACUCCUCUUCUCUAAAAAGCCUAUUCUGGCCAAGGACACCACCAGAUUUUUGUCCAUCACAUUUGUACUUUUAGCAUUCUCUUAUCUAGCAGCAAUAUUCAUCCCAGACAUAUGGACUUUCUUUCAGUUCUUAGGAUCAACUUCUGCUGUUUCUCUUGCCCUCAUCUUCCCCGGGGCAAUUGUUCUCAGGGAUGUUCAUGGUAUAUCAACAACAAGGGAUAGGAUCACCGCAUUAGUAAUGAUAAUUCUGGCUGUAGUGACCAGCGCAAUUGCAAUUUCCACAAAUAUAGUUAGUUUCUUUGGAAACAAUUCAUAAUCCAUUUCCUAGUUUUUUAUUCUUUCAGUUAAGGUGACAGUUUUCUUGUGUAUGCUGCAAUUUCUCUCAUUUAUUUCUUCAGAAUCUCAGAUACAUUGUAGAUUAGAAGAGGAAUUUAUAUAUCCUUCCUUGGAUUUUCUAAGUUUGUAACACCAAAGAAAUAUUUCAGAUGAAAUUUAAAAGUGA